CUAUUCUGUUGCUUAUAUAAAAAGUUUAUUAUUUAAGAUACUGUAAAGUUCAUUUAAUUUUGAAAAGCUUAUCAGAAAUAGCUUUGCAGAAAAGUGCUUUCUGCGCUUGUCUGAUGUUGCCAUAUCAAACGCCGGACCGUUCGAAAGAAGAUCAAAUAUUAACUGCAGCGAAUGCUUGGAUUUCUGUAGAAGUAGCUACAGUGCUGUAGGGAGAAGUAAAUGCUUAGCCGUCGUCUACAGCGCAGACCACAGCUACUGUGAUUUGUACGCUGUCACAGGCACUCGGUCACCACAAUGUUUGGUCCCGUGUAAAAGAAAACGAAUCUGUUCUCCCAAACUCGUCUACGCUCCUCGUCACAUUUUGCUAGGAAACGCCAGAAUGGUCGCUUCUGAUUCUACACUGUCUGAUUGCAUCCAGCGCUGCUUGAAGACCACUGACUUCCCCUAUUGCCACCAUUUUAGGACGAGGAACAAACCUGCAUUCUCAACUCAGAAACAAGCGACACGGAGUCACAGCUUUUCGUUUCGCAAGGUCACGGAAGCAAUAUAUACUUCCAAAUUGACUGUAGAAGAGUUAACAGGAUCUUUCCUACAUAUACCGGAGGCAAGUAAGUGCAGUCAUGUUAGUGCAUUGCUCGACGACCCUAUGAUGGGAGAAUGGGCAACUUGGAGCACUUGCUCGUCUGAUACGCAGCUGCAACACAGAUAUAAGAGCUGUGGUAAUUCGGACAUUCGAAAAUGUGCCGCGGAAAGCAAGUCUUGCCGAAGCACGUACAUCAGAAAUAAUUUUUAAAC